GCACGUCUCUCGGGCCGUGAAGUCCGCUUCACCCAGCAGAAUGACAUUGCUGCCCACCAUAUGAUCGCGACGUAUACGCUUACAUGGCGUUGAUGCGCUCACCACCACCUGUCGCUCUCUACAUUGCAUACACUCUCUAUCUGCCAAUCGCCCCUCCGCGACACCCCGAUAUAAUCCCAACCCAUCCUCCACAUGAUAGGGAAGACUAUCUGUACCCCGCCCGCUUCGACGAUUGCUAUACUACGCUACGCAGAAAAGAAAGGCAACGAAACGAAAGAAAGGAAAUGGAAAAUGUUACCAUACCUAUCUAUCUAUUCACACCUGCUACUACUACUACUCUCGCUACGACCGUGUCAUGACCCGACCCGUUAUCUACCGGCGUUUUGAGUUGAUCGUCUACAUUCUGUUUUGUGGUUUU